GGGGGGGGGGGAUGUGAGUCAUGUUAAGCUGAUGACCCCGACAUGGCUGGCAUUAUUUCAGUUCAGAAAAGAAAGCUCUGCUCAGGCCUUCCGUAAGUUUGGAGAGAAUCAAACUACAGCCUGGUCCCACAGGGCCUGGUGUCGGCAUAAAGCAAUCCAGUGGGGAGCAUCACAAAAACGACAGGCUGAAGAAGUAAAAGGCAAUACAUGGUGUUCAUUUUUAUUUUCAGCAAAUAAACUUUUAAAGCUUUAAAAUGCCCUGAAAUAACAUUGCAGGCUGUUUCCAGUGGCAGACCAUAGGGCAUAUUAUCCUGUUAAAGCACCAUGUGUAAUAGACUAAUAACAAUCUGUAUUAGCUGCACUAAUAAGAAACAUCAUACCUUGCCCCUCACCUGGAUAAGCAUUUAGUAAAAUAGAUUGAUGGAAAAGGCUCACUUUGUGUUUCAGUGCUCAGGCAUAAAAUACCGACAAAUAGUGUAACCAGCAGCGGACAGUAUGGCUUCAUAAUUAUGUGAAAUUUAAUAGCCCAGCUCUUAUUGCUGCUUUUUUAUUUUUUACCAAUGGCAGAAGAAAUGUUUUCUGUAGGAGCCCCAAGAAUGUUGGUGGUAAACGUGAUCAUGUGGAGCAGUAGAAUUCUGUCCUUUCCACCUGUCCUGACGUUUUUCAGGUGGCCGCUAUCCUUUGGUGCUCACUGUGGUUCCAUUAUGCUUUGAACAUCUACACCAGCCAGUAGCAAAAAAUUUGCAAGAAGGAUAACCUUGACUGGGCAAGUAUGGACAAGGCAUUUGAAAAUUUGAAAUUCCCAUCGAUAAGGUGGAGAAAAUGCCGGAUAUACUUUUGCGGGUUUGGAGGGGGGAACAAGUUUUUUGUUGCACUUUAGUUAUUUUUGGAAAAACAACAUCAGUGGUGUUUUAUCUGCCAUAUCAAUGCCUUGGAUAGCAUACCAAUGUUAUUUUGCUUUUUCUGUGUUCUCUGUUUGCAUAUAGAUAUGAUGGUUUGCACACCUUCUGAGCAUCAGUUAGUGGCUUUCUGAGUGUGCGUCAGAGAGAGAAUGACAGACAGACUGGUUGUUUUUGAGUCGUACUUCGUGACCGACUAUGAUCCCACGAUUGAGGAUUCUUACACAAAGCAGUGUGUGAUCGACGAGCGGGCAGCGCGCCUGGACAUCUUGGACACGGCAGGCCAGGAGGAGUUUGGUGCCAUGCGAGAGCAAUACAUGAGAACGGGAGAGGGCUUCCUGCUGGUCUUCUCCGUCACCGACAGAGGAAGUUUUGAGGAAAUCUACAAGUUUCAGAGGCAGAUCCUCAGAGUAAAAGACCGUGACGAGUUUCCCAUGAUCCUCGUAGGCAACAAGGCAGAUCUGGAGCUGCAGAGACAAGUGACUCAGGAAGAAGGCCAGCAGUUGGCCAGGCAGCUGAAGGUGACAUACAUGGAGGCCUCAGCCAAGAUCCGACUGAAUGUAGACCAAGCCUUCCAUGAGCUCGUUAGAGUAAUAAGGAAGUUCCAGGAGCAGGAGUGUCCGCCUUCACCAGAACCAACCCGCAAGGAGAAGGACAAGAGUGGCUGCCACUGCGUGAUUAUCUGAGCUGGGGUGCCUCCCCACUCCCAUUUUUUUAUUUUAUUUUACCAGUGCCUGCCCUGCCCACUGACAUCACUUCCUGUGUGGAUGACCACUGCCUUCUUUGCUCACGUGCAUGGCCCCGCGGUUGCCAUAGCAGCGAAGGCCUUGACUGGAGAAGCGAUCCUGGAACUACACUAAUAGAACGACUAAGGCAGACUACAGAACACGACGGAAGGUCGCUGUCCGCGCCCAGUGCACAAGAAACAGCCAUCAGACAGGAGUACAGAACCUAUCAACACUAAGCACUGCUUCUUAAAAUGAUAAACAAUUCCUUUUUGUAUUUUGAAAGACUUCUAUUUGCCUCGUUGUGGAAUUUGUACGUUCUGACAAUAAUGCUGUCAGCAAACAAAACAAGAAAAUCCUGAAAUGUAAACAAGCAAGAGAAUAUUUCCACCUUACGGUGUGAGUGUUCAAAUUAAGCUUUGUGUGUGUGUUGUGCCAUAACUGUUUUUGCAUUAAUUUGCUAAUCAACUACUGUACAAAAGAAUUGUGUGUUUUGCAAAUGCAUAUUCAGUGAAUUACUUUGCAGAAGUACAGUUUUGAAGGUUGAAGAGCUUGGUUAACAUGAAUAAACACAAAGGUAUAUUAGUAACUAUGGUAUAAGUACAGAAUUUGCCAAAAAAUACUAUGGAUGUAAAUGAAGGAAUAUGUAUUCAGUAUCUGUGUCUUAGGAUGCGGUUGUUUUGAGAUCCACAUCCUGACUGUCUAACUGUAAUUUUUUAUUUUUCUGAUGCAUCAGCGAUACUAUGAACCUGGACAUUCUCCACCUCGUACCGCUUUGUCCACACCUUUCGCCCCCCCCAUCCUCACAGCCUCGACCAAACCAAUCAUGUGUAGGGAGAGGGAGCUGGAGGCCACGCCCAUUUGGGAUAGGUUCUCAGCAUUUCAAUAGUACUGCCCCCUCAGUCAGGGGCACUUGUGAACUUUCUGGGUGCCUCGCCUCAGUCCCCCAGGUGAAACUGGCUUUGUGACAUCAGGCGAAGCUGGUAGAACUGGGACAGAUCCUGUAAAGAUCAGUACAGGUUUCUUAAAAUGACUUUGGUCCAGGUGUUCACCUUGGGGUCACCCAGAUUCUGAUUUAAGCAGUUAUUUCCAUUGUCUGCUUUGAUACUGUAAAAUGCCUUGUAUAAUACAAAUUGUGUUUUUAUAUAUGUUUCCUGGAUUUUCAACAACAAAUAAACAGCUUUUAAACCACUGCUCUGGAUUGAAGAUGAGGUUAUGUCUUCACAGUGAUCUAUGUGUCUGCAUCCCAUGGGUUUGCUUGUGACUAAGUAGUAAUGUUUCCCUCAUCUUCCUCACUUGACGCAUGCCUAGCCACUGGUUACUUUGAUGAGAGCUGAUGGUGAACGGCUUUUGGCCAUAUACCUUUUAUAUGUUAUUUUCUUAUCAAACUGGUUAAGUAUUUUUGUACACUUGUAAAAAAAUUGUCAUGGCAAGGUUGUGUAACUGUUUAGUCAACUCCGCUGGUUUUAAAAUUUGUUUGGCAGCUUUGAAACGUGGAUGAAGAACAUUCUGGUUGGCAAACACUUUGCCUUACCUGCACACUAAGUGGAUUGGCUGGACUCCGCUGCCGUGCCCUGUCACAGUUAUACAGAUCCGCCAUGCCUAAUUUGGCGUUGGAGAGUAUCUUGUGGUUUGGUGGUUAUGGUCCUGGUGCAAGAGCACCAUCACUCUGUCCUUUUAUUCUGGUGUACGACUCUCUGUCCACCUGUUUUCUACUGUAUGUAUCCAUAUUGUGUAAUUUUUAUUUUUCUUUAGUUCCUCCUGUUGUAUAGCUUCCAGUGCUAUAAUAAAAACUGGUCAAUGUA